AUGACCCAACCAGCUCAAGCGUCUCAAUUUGAUCUCAUGUACAAUAGGUGGUUUUCUGUACAGGGACCCUACGAGCAAAGGCCCUUGGGGUCGGAGCAUUGUCGAUUUACGGGAAGAAGCUGCAUGGAGGGAAAUUUUACAAGACGCAAACUCCCGGGUAAAGACAAAGAUUGGCACUACAACGUAACCCUGAGGAACUACAUGUACAUGAAAGAUACAACCACUAUGCGGAUAGUAGCCUCCACCAAGGGAGCGAGCGGUCAUUACAACAGUUUGGCAGACAUCACAAGACCAGCAUGUAAAUGGCUGGAAUGGAUCAAGCCAUUUGUCAAUGACCUUUCUGAACACGCUGGGUACAACCCAAAGGACAUCUGUUCUUACAUAAUGCCGGGAUGGUUCCAGAUCACCAACUUCCAUGUGAAAGCUCAAUCUCAUUUCAGAAUAUCGCAGAUUCCGAUAGCUCCUUAUGGCUCUUACAAAUUUGAGUUCCAUUUGUCAGAGAAAGAUAACCCAAGCUGCCAUUGUAUGCGAGUGUUCAUGGAUAUAAUUCCUGAUGCCAAAACUAUUCUGAGGAAGCAAAGCAAAGAUGUCAUAUUCAUGAUCAUGAAGAAAAACAUCAUCUUUACUAAUUAUUUUGCAAUUCUACUUUCUGUUAGAGCAGAUCUACUCGAUGAUUAUGUGGGACCAUAUCAACGUACGCCGACGGUAACAGAGUACUGUAGAAUAAAUGGGAACUCUCGUAGCUGUCUCAACUGUAAUUUUACUAUGCGCCAGCUACCAAAUCAAGAUUGGCUCUUCAACGUUACAUUGCGCAACUACAUGUAUUUGAAAGAUACAACUAAUUUGCGUCUGAUAGCAUCUAUGAAAGGAGCGAAUGGUCAGUACAACAGUCUAGCAGAAAUCACGAGACCAACAUGUCAAUUACUGGAAUGGAUCAAGCCAUUAAUCAAUGACCUGGCCACUCACGCUGGCUACAACCCAAAGGACAUCUGCCUUGCUGCAGUUCCGGGGCUGGCGAUACUCUGCGACCCCAUUGAACUGAGCCAGUUUGGAAUAAAAUAA